AUGAGGUCCGCCCUGCAGGGAAGUCCACCGACUCGUCCCGAAACGUUCCUCAGCCUCCUCCUCCUCCAGCGGAGCCGGGUGUCGUCAGCUGAAGCAUGGCGCUCCAGCUGCGCCCCACAGUCACCUCUGCUCCCCUCCGCCUUCGCGCCCGCGUCCCCGGGGAGGGAUUUGCUCGGCGUCCGGGACACGGCCCGGUGGCAGCUGGUGCGCCCCAAACUCAGGGCGCAUCCUCCGCCGUCUGGGAGGCCCUCGCACCGGGAGGGGAGCGGAGCCGCGGCUGCUCGGGGCUCCCAGCGUGCGCCCCGUGGAGCGGCCCGGACCCCGGGAGGACGCGGGAGGCUGGGGGUGGGGACAGGCCGAGGUCGCGAUCCUCCAGCCCCUUCCGCUGCCCCUCCUCUCGCCUUCCUCGCCCUCUCUUCCCGGGCGGGACCCGGGCCUUUCACCUUCCAGCAGAGCCAUGAACUAGCGAUCGAGGCGGUUCCUCGCGCCCUGCGGGGCCUGGGGGCAUCCAGGUCAGGGAGCAGAACAACCAGCCCCAUGCACGUGACUCCAGCUGUGACCAGAAAUGGUCCCGAGCAGCCGGGCAGCGGACCUCUCCCAAGACCCACGCUCUGCCCCCAGGAAGACCGAAUGCCUAGCCUGAUGGCUCCCAAGCCUCCCAGUCCGUGGAAGUUACAACUCCAAGGCCCUUCUGUGCUAGAGUCCAAGGUGAAGGCCUUGAAGGAGAAAAUGACUUCCAGGAAGCAGGGGGCAAAUCCCUGUUCCACUUCCUAUGAGCAUCCGUCUGCCACAAAAUCCAAGUGCCACCAAGUCAAGCCCAAAGAAAUCUGGAGCCUACCCGAGGGCUCUUCUCCACCAGAUGCCCUGGUGGUCCCCCGUGCUCAGAACCAGAUCGAUGGGCAGCUGGACAGCAGUGUUAAUGAGAAGAAACCUGCCAGGAAUGGUAACUCCAGGUCAUCUACCCCUGGCCUUGAGAGCUGGAACGGGCAAAGCCUGUGGUCUCCAGAAGCAGUGUGGAGGCUGACUGAUUCUGAGGAAGGCCCAGCACCAGGAUCUGGCUCUUUACAAGAGAGCCCCAACAACCAUGUUUCUGUGGGCCAGCUACAGGGGCCUGGUCCCUGUAAAACCACCCACUUGAGCAGCCUGAAGAAGAGAAGACCAUACCCACUUGGAGAUGGUGUGGUCACAGAGGGAGAUCUGGACAACACAGCCCUAGCCUCCAAGGAGGACUUGGUGCCCAGAGCAGACCUGCCAGAGGCGCUCUGGAGAGCUGGUGGCCUCGAGGCGCUGCAUGCUGGGGCAAAUGCUCUGUCCCUGUCUGACCAGGUGGAAAGGAACCGCCACCUGGUGCGGGAGAUGCUGAAGAUUUCCAGACAGAGUCCUCCCAAGGAGGGAAGCCCGGACUGGACUCCGUCCUGGGACAAGGCUGCAUCAGAGCGACCAGCGGGAGCCGUGGACUGGGACCCGGGCACCCCCCUGCAGGACUCAGGUCAGAGCAGGACCUUCCUCCCCAAGCUGGAGCCUGUGCUGAGUGCCAGGUAUGAGGGAACCAAGCAUCUGACCCAGCCUGCUCGCAUGAAGGCCAGGACCCAACCGCUCCGAGCCAGCCAUGACAUUGUGCCCACCAUUGCUCAGGGCAGCCGAAAUGGCCCAAGAAGCCCAGCUCUGGAUGUCAGGAGCACCUCUACCGACAGAGAGAGCCUCCAGAAUGGGAACCUGAGUGACUCCUCCAGUGUAGAGUCUGGCAAUGGGCAGUGGCCCAAGCAGGGAAUGCCCCUGUCUCAUGUCCGUUUUGAAGAUGAGUCUUCCGGCGAGGCUGAGUUCCGGUACUUGGAACGGCUCCAGCAGCGCCAGCGUCAGGUGUUACGCACAGUGCUUCAUGCCGUGGGCCAAGGACCCCUGCGCUCCAAGCCUGACCUAACCAACUACAUUCACCGUAACAUGGGGGACAUUUCAUUCCACAGGCCAGUGGGCUCCCCGGACCACAGUAACUUCUCUGCACCACCGUCUACGUGGGACAAUGAGAGGAAGUGUCCAGCCUGUGGCAGCUGUCUUGAGGAGCGUUGCCCUGCGGAGGGGAGAGCAGCCCCUGACCUGAGGGUCCUUCAGGGUCUCCAGGCAGCCUGUGAGGCAGAGGCAUUGCUGCCGGGGCCCUGUAAUUCCCACGGUGUGAGCUCCCCAUUCCCAGGGCUCCACACAGAAUGGAUCCGGGAAACACACAUCACAGACACUGUUGCCACACACCCUGAGGAGAGGGACUCUGCCCUGGCCAGCACCAACAGUUCAGACAGCUGGACAGACAGUCAGGAUGCCAGGACCUCUCGGCCCAGCAGGGCAGGCGGUCAGACCCAAGGCAGCAGCCCCGGACAGUGGCAGCAGGGCUCCAGACCUCAGGAAGGCCCCAGGUGGUCCCGAAAGGCUGAGGUGGAGCUGCCCUGGGGCCUUCAGGCCUGGCCUCACCUACAUGCGGUUGGUGAUGUGGUUGUAGGAGGGGAAGUAAAAGGAGCCACAAGACACAUACCCCAGGGGACUUCAUUUGUAAAGGAGGAUGCUGCGCCUGAACCUGCCUUGGAACCUAAGAGGCCUUGGUCCCAGGGGCAGCUUGGACCACGGUUAGGAAAUCACUGGGCCCACCCUGAGGACUCCUGGACUCCAUGCAAGACAGCUUAUGCUGUGUCGUUUUCCAAGAAGCUUGGGUCCUCAGGCUCAGACCAACCAGAGCAAGUUACUGAAAGCCAUGAGUCGCUGGAAACCGUGUGCAGUUCUUCCCGCCAGCAGAGCCAUGAAGAGCCCUCUGCACCUCACCCAGCCCUGCGACCAACUUUGCCCCUCUCCCCUGAAGGCUGGGUGCCGACCCCUCCCUCUUCAAAGAAAUCCCUCUGCCCGAUGGCCCCGAGGAAGUCAGCCUGGACUGGACAUCACAGGCAGGAACAUCAGGUAGAGCAUAUGGAUAUCCCCCUGCCUCUGUCUCCUCCAAGAACUUCGGUUCCCACCCCACCCCAGACCCAGCUCUACAGCCCCCGUGUCAAGCAUCCACUGCUGGACCUGUCCACCAGCAACUCCAACAGCAGUGUCCCUCCGGGGCUGCAGGAGCCUCGGGGAGCCGCUGUCCGCAAGCAUAGAGCUGGCAAGGACCACUGCUGCCAGGAGCCCGGACUGCCCCCGGAGAGUGACGGAGAUGGAAUACUCCGGGACUCUCUCCAGUCAGCAGAUGUUACCAUUGUCAAUUCUACAGCUGUCACCCUCUCCCUCACCUCAGAGGAGCCUGAGUGCAGCCUGGAGCUGGGAGGAGCUCUACACAGGACAGAAUCCAGCCCUGGAGGCCACAUGCCCAUUGGAGUAUCGCCUGAGGCCAGUACAGGGCACAAGCCACCCUCAUCUGCCCAUUCUGAUGUGAACAAGAAAAGGAGGAGUAGUAUCACCUCCACCCUGGGGCUCAAAAAGCUCUUCUCGGCCCUGGGCCACACCCCCCGGCCCAGACUUGGCACAUCCCGAAGCUACAGUGUGGAACAGCUGCAGCCCUCAGCUCCCCAUACCAGUACCUCCAAAGUGAAGAGAGCCCCAUCAUUACAAAUCCUGCAUCUGGUGUCACCCUCUCACCAGCAUCGGAAAGCAACUUCCUUUCAGAACCUCCAUUCUCUGCUAGGUGACAAGGGAGACCGGUCCAGCCUCUACCUGGUGGAGGGGUCAGGGGACCCCAGUACACCGAGCAGGCCGGCCAAGGCCUUGCCCCAUCGUGCCCUCAGUGUGGAAGACGUGGGUUCCCCUAGCCUGGCUCGCACCGUGGGCCGUGUGGUGGAGGUGUUCCCAGACGGCACGAGUCAGCUGCAGCUCCAACGACCCCCAGAGGGCACCUUUGGUUUCCGUGUGGCCUACGGCAAUGGCUGUCGGGAUUCAGGGCUCUACGUGCAGGCCAUGGCUGACCUGGAUACUGCCAAGCUGUACUCGGGGCUGCUUGGGGUGGGGGAUGAGAUCCUGGAGGUGAACGGGGCCAAGGUUGCUGGGCUGGGCUUGGCUCACAUCAAGGAGCUACUGGCUCAUGUGGAGAGCUUGUCAGUUCGUGUCUUGAGACAGAGGCCUGUUCCCCAGUGACCCAGAAGUACUGUUCCUCUCACCGACACUCCCUGAGAAGCCCUGACCCCACAGGGAAGAAGGGGCUGGAAAUGCGCCACUCAGAGAUAAUUUGUGGAUGGAAAGUACGGUUCACAGAUCAGGGUGGCAUCUAGUUGUCUGGGCUGUGACAGAGCUGUUCUGAUCGGCCACCUGCAGGAAGAGACGAAGAGCCUGUGUGUAUGUUUCAGUUAAGGUCACUAAUUUAUGCAGAUCUGGGGAGAGAAAAUAAUGGUCUUCUUCCGUGACAGAAGUGGUAGGAUGUGUCCCUUUGUUGGAAGGAGAGGAGAGUGACUGACUAUAUCCUUGGGUUGGUCCCUGAGAGCUGGCCUCACCUCCUGGUCACACUCACUGAAAAGCCUCCCCAGCCCCCGGCACCCCAGAGACAAAGUGGCCACAUUGGCCUUGUGCCCGUCUCUUUCAGCUGGGGCUUGCCUGGUUUCCAUGUGACUACACCUUUGCUCCUGAUCCAGAGGGGGCUCAGUGUCUUGGCACAGCAGACAGCCAAGAGCGCACAUUCCAAACCAAGCCCUGGGAAGGAUGGCCUGUUAAGAGUUCUGAGCCCCUUCUGGGUAUGUAAACAUCUGAGAGGUUCAGGGAGCCAGAAUGUUAAGAAUUUCUAGGAAAUUUUUCUGAUCAACACAAAGUUGAAAAAA